GGAACGGUAUGAUCGUGAAGUUGCCGCCACGUGGGAAUAUUGAUCACAACAUGGCUCACAGCGACUCUGAAGGCGAAACUAUCGAUGACCUUGAAUUCGACACAAGAACAACGGACGGCGAUGCUGAAGAAGAGAAUGAUAUCGACGAGGAUCUUCUUGGUGCGUUGGACAACGGCGUAGAUGAAGCAACAGAAGCAGACGAGGACUCCCCUUCGGACGACUCAGAAGAUGACGAAGACGACGAAGACGAGUCAGAGCCUCCUGUUGGAGUCCAUCUAGAUGGAACCUCUUCGCCGUCUGUUGCCGUCGUCCGACCAGAUGUACGCCAGACUUCCAAGUUCCGUGUCUAUCGUAUCGCAUGCUUAUGCUUGUGACAAAUCACCAGUAAUACCUCAAGUUCACCAGCGUUCACCAUCCCCUGCAAGUGUUCGAAAGAAGUUCCUAGCGUUUCCCCGAUUUCACAGCGAACUACCACCGCGAACUUUCACGGUGGAAGCAAUAGGUGCCAUACCCCACCCGGUGCCUACACAUGCACUUGCUUCGUCCUUCUGCAUGACACACCUCCUUACUGGUUCGGAUGACGGAUUUAUUCGUGACUACGAUGUAUUCGCAACCGUAAAUGGAAAGACCACACUAACAGCACCGCAAAGACACCACUGCAACGUCGUCGAGGGAAACAUGAAAGCCGGUCAGAUACGAUCUUGGUGGGAAAACCCAGAUUUUGUUCCUCAAUCGGGAUACCCCCCAAUGGGUCAUUCUUCUCCAUGUCCCGUUUAUAGUUUAGCAAUGCAUUCCGAUGCAAUUUGGGCUCUAGGAGGAGCUAACCGUGGCCACAUCAAUCUCUUUACAGUACGACAUGAUCCGGGCCGUUUAGUUCAUGUCCUGGCGAACGGACACCGAGGACCUAUAUCAGCUCUUUCAAUUGAUUAUGACGAGAAAGGCUUUUUCAGCGCAGGAUGGGAUGGUGAAGCCAAUCAAUGGGAUUUGAAUACUGGGCAAGGAAUCCGAAAGUUUAUUGCCCACGGCGCGCAGCUUGUUGCUAUUGCUGUUCGACCGCUCGCUUCCCCAUACUAUUCCGACCCUGUAUCCUCCGCGGGAAGCUAUGGUUCCUACUCAGUAUCACAACCUAUUAGGGAGAACGAUAUUUCCAGGGCCGCCAACGCGGAGCCACCGGUCCCUAUCACUGACACUCAACUCAAGCAAUCACCCAGCGUUUCUAUCGAUCCUCUUUCAAGCCACAAAAUGCAAGACGCGGAUGCUAAAUCUGAUGCUUCUUAUGAUCCCCUGUUUGAUGGUGAACCAGAUGCUGAUGGUGAAUUUGACGACGAGAACCCACCUUCUGACGAAUUCGGGGUGUUACGUUCUCAGGUUCCACAAAGGGAUGGCUCGAUUGCGGGCAAUAAGUCGAACCUGGCCGUCCCUGAGGUGGCACCUAACUCUGGCCAACAGCAGGCAUCACGAUCACCUCAAAGCUCUGUUGCGCCUCCGAAAAAUGCUCCACCCUUGCUAAAUGCUUCCAAUAGUGCAACUUUUUCUCCAGAUAUUCUAAUGAUUGCGGCAAUCGACGGGCAGAUCAUGAUUUGGGACAAACGAGUCAAUUCACCAGGAACAGGUGUGGGGAGACUGUGGAUGAGUGAAAAGACUCCACCCUGGUGUGUUUCUGCUUGUUGGUCCACGGACGGGUCGCAUAUUUAUGCUGGACGCCGAAAUGGAACAGUUGAUGUUUGGGAUGUCCGACUGCUCGGUUGCUCUGGGCCGAAUUGCACACCAAGACUACUAAAGAGUCUUCGUAAUCCUCCGAGUUCGGGUGUUGUUUCUUGUGUGGUUCCCUUCCCUGAUGGCCGCCACAUCGCAUGUGCAUCGAUAGACAAUAUCCGUUUGUGGAAUGCCGUAGAGGCAGGUGAAGUGGACGGAAGUAUGAAAUCAAGGGGUGGAGUCCAAUUCAAGAUAAUUCCAGGUCAUCACGGGGGCUAUGUUUCUCAGAUGCUUGUAGAUCCGGGUGGUCGUUUCCUUGUGAGUGCUAGCAGUAACCGUGGGUGGCAUGGGGAUUCCACGCGUACCGUAUUUGUGCAUGACAUCAAGCCAAUACGAUAAAGUUCAUGAGUUUGGCAUCACAUUCACAUCUCCAGAUUUACGACAGCUCGGCUCAAUGAAGAAACCUGAGCUGGUCCUGCCAAAUAGGAUUAGGAUUGCGCUAUUUCAAAUCCUCAUUCAAGUUCCGCGGUAU